CUCUCAUCACAACACCAACUGCUUUCGUAACUUGCUAUUUCAAGAAAAGUUCCUUAGGAUCUUUUAUUAUAGUUUUUAUACAUUCAUAUAGAGGUGCAACUGCCCUUGAAGCAGUUUACACGUCCUGCUAACUGUUUAUGAUAAUUGCAUAAUGGAAGCUGUGAAAAGAAGAAAAUUAGAGUUGGAAAAAAGAACAUCUUCUCAAAACAUUGGCAGUUCAGACAAGAAUUCCGAUGGUAAUAGACCCACUGAACCAGGUGCUGCUCAGCGUCGUAUAGCAGAACUAAGAGAAAGAACCGCAAAAAGAUUUAAUUCUUUCUCACCAUCCUCUGCUCCAUCUCAACAUACUGAGGGUGAUGUCGCAAAAGGAGGCUUAAGGGUUGGAAUUCAUCCUGCUCUAUUAAAAGAUGAUAUAUAUUCAUCCAAUGGAAGGUUUAAAGAACCUUCAGCAUCUAAUAAGCCUGUACGGGAUAGUCCUGAUGCUCUUUCACAGGAGCGUCCCACUGAAAGUAAGAGAAAUCCACUUAUAGAAGAUAUUGAAGUACCCAAAGUUGAAAAUCUUCCUUAUUAUGACCCAAGGACAAAGGAAUCAAGACGUACUAGAGCUCCAAGGGUUCUAAGUCUGAAUGCUUCCGGUAAAUAUAUCGAAGAAGCUGAACAAUUUCGACGUCAAUCUCAAUUAGAAAAGUUGAAAAAACGUGUUGCCUUGCAUUCAGAAAAGGCAGGGCUUAAUGAUGAGCUUCUAAUCGCUAGUAAAUCCAUACAUCGAGUGGAGCCUCCUACAGUCGAAUGGUGGGAUUUGCCGUAUGUUGCCGAUGGAUCAACUUACGGUGAUCAAUCUUCAUGGAAAAUAUUCGAAAAUAGCGAGGCUAUAACAUCGAAUAUACAACAUCCUAUUCCUGUUCUUCCCCCUUAUUUAAAAAAUCAACCAUCCUCUAAAUCUCUUUUCUUGACAAAAAAGGAACAAAAGAAAAUCAGGAGGCAAACUCGAGCUGAAGCUCGUAAAGAAAAACAAGAUCGUCAACUAUUAGGAUUAGAACCUCCAGAACCUCCUAAGGUGAAGCUUUCAAAUCUUAUGCGCGUAUUGGGCGAUGCAGCUAUUAAGGAUCCAACAAAGAUGGAGGCCGAGGUUAGAAGGCAAGUAGAAGAACGACGUCUUCGUCACGAACAAAUGAACGAAGAAAGAAAACUUACUCCCGAAGAGAGGAGGGAUAGAACUCUAAAAAAGCUCGAAGAAGAUGCUGCAAGUGGCUUGCAGUGCCUUGUUUUCAAAAUUAAAUACCUUGCACACAGACCACAUCGCUUAAAAAUUGAUUUAAAUGCUAAACAAUUGGGUCUUACAGGAGCAUGUAUAUUAAGUGAUAAAUUUAACUUGGUUAUUGUUGAAGGCGGAAGAAAAAAUAUUAAGCAUUUUAAAAAAUUAAUGAUAAAUCGUAUAGAUUGGACAGAUACCUCAAGAAAUUCUAUAUUAGCUCAAGGAAAUAAGCUGGCUGAUAUGAAUGGAAGCAGCAUACCCUAUAACGAGAACAAAUGUGAUUUGGUAUGGGAAGGAGAUUUAAGCAAACGAAAUUUCUCAUAUUGGACAUUUCGAAAAUGUCCAACGGAGAAUGAAGCUCGGCAAUCUCUUGAACAACUAGGUAAUGCUGAGCAUUUUUGGGUUUUGGCUAAUUCGUGGAAUCGAGGAGAAGACUUUAGUUAGAUAUUAGUUAAUUAAUAGUUAAUGUUUAUUAUUAUUAUUAUAUCCAAAAGAUUGCAGUUCCG